AUGAUACUCCCGAGCAGGGGUCUGGGGAAAUGGGCGUUGGCGGUAUUCCAGCAGCCGAGCCCCCUUCAGCCUGUGGGCUCGGUGGCUUCUGCCGGGCAAGCGCCCCCGAAUCCAAAAGUUGAAGCGGGCGCUGCAAAUCUCUCUUCUGUGGAGCCGGUGGUGGAGUCGUCGCCUUCCGCGCCCCCGUCCGCGGCGGAAGUGAAGGGACAAGAACCGGGCGACAGCGACGCGUCGGUGGUGGCAGGCGGCGGGGCGCAGUCGCCGCAGCCACCGGAGGAGGCCAAACGUGAGGGCGGUGGUCACGGUGUUGGUGGCGCCGAACUGCCUCCUGACGGCCGUGCCUCGCCCAGCGCGGCGGCGGAGGUGGCCGGAGAAGAGGAAAGCGGCGAGGGCGCAUCGGUGUCUUCGCCGGCGCCAUCCGCAUCGAGUGUGGACCCUCCUGCAGCACCGGGCGGCAGUCAGACGCAUGCCGGCGAGCCUGCCACCGCCAGUGGGAGUCAAGCCGUUGACCCCGAAGUGAACACCGCUGCUCCAGGCGCAGCGGUGAGCUCAGGCGGCAGCCCUGCUUUGGCCGACGACGCCGAACCGCCCGCCGCGAAGGAGGCACCCGGCGCUUCUUCGCCUGCCGCCGCUGAAAUGCCUCGUGGAGAUAGUGAGGAAGUGCCGCAGGGCGUUGAGGGCGCACCGGCUAAUAAAACCGCACCACCCGCACCUCCGGCUGCCCCUUCGACGCGCGACGCGGCGCCGCACUUGAGCAACAGCUCCGCUGCCUUCAAGAACAUGACUGGCUUGAAGCCCAGCGGGGGAGGCAGCGACGGCGCUCUGCGUGGGUGCGUGUCUCGGCUAUUGCUGCUGCUUGCCCUGCUGGGGCUGUGGGGCAUGGGGGCUCUCCGCUGA